UCAUGGAUAAAAGGAGCACGGCAUGGUGCUGGGCGAUACCAACAGAUCUACUGUCGCGCAAAGCCACGGAGAAACUAUGAAGUCCUUGAUGGGCGAGGAGCGCGCGCGAGAGACAGGUGCGAGUGUGGAAACCUCUAACGGCAUGAUGAUCUCCGAGGUCCUCAUCCCUCGCCUGUUCAAAAUUGCGCACGAGACUGGAGAGGUGGCAGUGGCUGCGGGCUCCGGAUCCUUGGAAAUGAAGCCCUCCGGCUCCCCGAUCCUUCUGGAGAUGAUGGAGAUGGCGAACGGCACGCGCUGCGCGGAGCAGAUCCUCAGCUACGGAGAGGUCGAGAAGGUGCUGAUCGGUGGAGUGCUGACCAUGCUCACGCUCAUCACCAUCUGCGGGAACCUGCUCGUGGUCAUCUCCGUGUGUUUCGUAAAAAAGCUACGGCAGCCCUCCAACUAUCUCAUCGUAUCCCUUGCGCUCGCCGACCUCUCCGUUGCGCUCGCGGUGAUGCCGUUCGUCAGCAUCACAGACCUGAUCGGUGGCCGCUGGAUUUUUGGCAAGUUCUUCUGCAACGUGUUUAUAGCCAUGGAUGUGAUGUGCUGCACCGCGUCCAUCAUGACCCUCUGCGUUAUUAGCAUCGACCGGUACCUUGGCAUCACCCGACCCCUAACAUACCCGGUAAGGCAAAACGGCUGGUGUAUGGCCAAAAUGGUGCUUUCCGUAUGGCUGCUUUCUGCGUCAAUCACCUUGCCGCCGGUCUUCGGCUGGGCGCAGAACGUCAACGAUGACCGUGUGUGUCUGAUCAGCCAGGACUUUGGCUACACCAUCUAUUCUACAGCUGUUGCGUUUUACAUCCCCAUGACUGUCAUGCUGGUCAUGUAUUACCGCAUCUACCGUGCCGCCAAGCUCAGCGCUGCCAAACACACCAUCACCGGCUUCCCUCGUGCAGGACAGGAGGAAGAAGAAGAUGAGGUGGAAGCAGAAGGGGCCGAUGGGGCGGAAGAACACGUUGAAGUGGAUUGCGUAACUGUCGCAAUCAAGCUGCAGAGGGAAGUGGAAGAGUGUGCGCGUCUGCCUCGACUCUUGCGAGGAGUGGGCAGGAGGAGCUCGGACCGCAGGAGCAUCUCCAUUUUCAAGCGAGAACAGAAGGCGGCGGCCACACUCGGGAUUGUGGUAGGAGCGUUCACCGUCUGCUGGCUUCCGUUCUUUCUUCUCUCCACGGCCCGGCCCUUCAUCUGCGGGACAGAGUGUAGCUGCGUCCCGCUGUGGGUGGAGAGAACGCUGUUGUGGCUGGGCUACGCCAACUCACUCAUCAACCCCUUUAUCUACGCUUUCUUCAACCGCGAUCUGCGCACCACCUACCGAAGCCUGCUCAGCUGCCGUUACCGCAAUAUUAACCGCAGACUGUCAGCCGCUGGCAUGCAUGAGGCUCUACGAUUGGUGGAAAGACCGGAGGUGGUUGUCUCUGGGUGACCCAAACUAUGCACAUAACAAAGUUCAGAGGUCAACAUUUGCACAGGAACUCACAAGCCUAAAUGGUCAUGAUGGCGUUUAGGAUUGUGCCAUGUUUGGACAGUACCUUAACAGUCCAAAUUAGACAGAGGCGUGCAUUAUGGUCAAUGCAAUUGCAUUUUCUCAUCUGACACAGGAACACAAUCACUGGCUUUCCUUAGUAGAAUGAGAGAAAUUUACAUAUAGCUGAUGAAUCAAAUAGAGUCCAGCUUUUGUUUCAAUUCUAGAUAACCUAAAAUAACAGAAAAUACAAGGAAUACAUAUAUAUGAAUUUAUAUACAGGACAAUAUUGCGCAGUAUCGUGAUAUUUUGUCACUCGAGGGAUUCUAGAUAUACAGAUCAAUAGAACUGUAAGGAGAAAUCUGUUUAGAUUCAUCCAUUCCUGAAAGCAGAAAACCACUCAGCUCGGUUUCUGCUUUAAAAACGUUUAUCGAGCCGUGAGAAACUCGUUUGUCAACUGUCAGCACCUGUUAGUUCACUAAGUGUGAUUCAUUUGCGUCUGCAUCUUGCGCCUCUGUGCUAAACGCAACUAAAGACAAACCAUUUCUACUCUCAGUCUGCACAUGCUCGCUCUAUAAAACCACCACAAUUUUUAUCCAUUGCCAUUAAAGCACAGAUCUAAUGUCAGCUAAGCUUCUUUCUGCAGCUGUGGUUAAGCCAGAAGGAACAGGACGUAAUCUGAUCACAGAUCAGUAAUUAAAGGGAUUCUGAUGAGAUUGACUUGGGUCUCUUUUUUUGUAGGCAGCUAUUUAUAGUUUGAUUGUGCUUGAAUCUUAUGUGAUUAGCUUGUAUGUCGCUAGUAUUUGUUUAUGAUACAUGUCCCUGAAAAAUUCAUGCACUUGGAAUCAGGUCCACUCUUUUGAGUCCCUCACAAUUGACCCUUUGCAGGAAGCUUGAUUGACAGGCGAUUUGACCAAUCAUAAUGCCGAGUCCACAAUUUUGUCUGACAGAAAAAUCAGACAGGAGAGUAGGUUAACUUUGGUGGACUUAGGCUACGUUUACAUGACAACGACAUAGUCAAAAACGGAAACGUUUUUCCCGUGUGUUUUUAAAAAGUUUCACGUAUACACAACGUUUUCAAAAUGAUUCACGUUUACACAGAUCCGUGAAAACUGCCCAAAAUGCUGUAUUACAUAUGCCAGGCCAGUAGUUGGUGCUGUCAGUACCUGUAGGGAAGUGACGAUUAGCUCUUUCGCCAUUGUUGUGUAUGUUUGUUCACGCUUGCCUUUAAAAUCGAUACAUACUACACGUACUACACAAAUGCAUGCCGUCACUGUUUUCAAAGAUUCCAGUAUUGGGUGUUUAUAUGGAAAUUAUAACAGUGGCGUUUUCCAAAUUAUGCAUUUUCAGUCCCCAAAACACUGUUGCCAUGGAAACGAACAGGCAAAACGCGUAAAAAGUUUCCCGUUUUUGGCUGAAAAUGUAGUGUAAACGGCCCCUUAAACUUGAAAAAUGGUGUGUAUUGACGUCUUUCCACAGUUGAAAAUAAAAUACCUUCUAAUGUUCAUUUAUGUUCCUGUCAUGCUUUAAGGCUUUUUGUUUAAACGCAUAACUUUUGCUAUGGUUACACCUGUCGUUUACACUUCUCUGGCAUUUUCAACCCUCAAAAAUGGAGACUUUAGAAAAUACUGCAGACUCCGUUUUAGUUUUUAAACUCCGGGGUUGUGUUUCAGUGUAAACGGACCAAAACUUUUGCCAUGGCUGCCCACAUUCGCUCUGAGUAUUCUUGACAACCAUGUAAACAUUAACAUCAUGCUCAUGUGUUGCAUCUCAUUUUGGAGGCUCAUAAAAAGUAACCGUUAAAUUGCAAAGUAACAAAAAAAAAAAAAAAAAAAAGGAAAGAAAGAAAUUAGUUUUUUUUACACCCCAAGGUAUAACAGUCAAUUUUAUUAUGGUUACUUCUCUUAAAUUAAAACAUCCUUGACCUACAGCACUACAGCGAUCUGUCACGACACAUUAAAGAGCCACAAAACAGUAUGUAUUGUUUGAAUUUCUUAAAAAUGACAAAUUUUGAAAGCUACGACUUUGUUUUAUACCAGACGUAACCUGUGCUGUCUUGUCUUUCAGCGCGUGUUCAGUUUCCUCUUUCCUUUGCGAUGUAUUUUUCACUGAUAGUCUUUGCGAAGGGUCAGUUACGUGUGCAUAAAAAAUAAUGUCAGCAAAUUUGUAAUGACUUUUGUACUUAUGUCUGCUGGUGUAAAUAUUAAAAGCAGAUGCACCAAAAUGUAAAGAUACCUAUUCAAUGUGUUUUUAUUGUAGUAGAUGUUUUAAUGUCACUCCUUGUGCAUAUUUUCUCAAACAAGUUGGAAUAAAUGAUGAAAGA